CACAUGCAACAUCUGCAGCAUACGCUCAAAAAACAUCCCUAAACACUUGCAAAGUUCAUGUCUUCAACCAUGACUACUUUCGGUUUGUCAACAGUGGUUUUUUCAGUUCUUGUUCUAACAUUAUUGUCUGCAAAUAGCCACACAACGGUUGUCGGAGCCCGCAAUCUUCUAGAACCAACAUUAUCUAAGCCAGAAAUGCCACAACUUCCCAAUGUUCCUCAGUUACCUAAGGUUUUAGAAAUACCCAAAAUUCCUGAGUUACCUAAACUUCCUGAAAUAACCAAACUUCCUGAGUUACCAAAAGUUCCAGAAUUACUCAAAGCUCUUGAGUUACCAAAAGUUUCAGAAUUAUCCAAAGUUCCUGAGUUACCUAAUGUUUCAGAUUUAUCCAAAAUUUCUGAGUUAUUUAAGAUUCCUGAAAUAACCAAACUUUCUGAGUUACCAAAGGUUUCAGAAUUACCCAAAAUUUCUGAGUUAUCUAAGAUUCCAGAAUUAUCCAAAAUUCCCGAGUUACUUAAGAUUCCUGAAUUUCCUAAAGCAUUUCCAGCUACUCAUCCUUGAGCUUGAAUUAUGUGUCUUGCAGUCUUGUCCUCUGGUCUAUAUUCCAAUUCGUAGUUCAUUUUGUUUGAUGAAUGUUAGAUUAUUUGUUGCAAACUACUUGAGUUGUUGUAAUGGUUUACUUGUAGUUUUGAAUCGUCCUAGAAGUUAUGUUCAGUUUUAAAGUUGUUUAAAUUUUUCAUGUGUCAGUUGUUAUGAAUUCAAUAAGAUUAGUAUCUAAAAUCCAGUAUAAUUAACGUUCUAAAUCUUGUGCUUUUAGUUUA